AGUCAGUCUUCACCCCCCCCCCCCCCCCAAUGCUGAAAUCAGAGGCAAAUCUGCCAUCCCUUCAAAUUAUCCUUCAACAACAAACCACUGAGCAUGCUCAGUAGGGUCUGUGAUGCUGUUGCUAUAGGACUGUGGGGCUCAGAACCACUGUACUGGGGAGGAGGGAAUGUGUGAGGAACAGAUGAGCUGUGAGGAGUGCAGAGCAGAAAGAAGUGUGACUAAAGAGGAACUACAUGAGGGACGUUACCUGUUUCCUAUCCUUUAAUUUCUAUUUUCCUGUGAUUAGCCUCUGCUGAGUGGAUGUAGAGCAUUAGGUUGUGAUCAUGCAGUGUGCCGGAUUGAUGGAGGUUUACGGCUGGGUGAGUUGAUGCAGCAUUGAAAAAAAAGCAUUGAAAUAAUUUAUUAACUUUAUUAAAAUGACAAAUAUAUUUUACAAACAAUAUAUUUUAAAUUAUUGUUUGUUUAACUUUUAGCUGUGGUUUAGGGAAAAAGGUGUAUCUUCAGAAGUUAGCAAAAAAUUUUAUUAACUUUAUUUUUGGGACAUUCUGACAUGUCGUCAUUUGGAAAAAUGACUCAUAAAUAAAAGUUAAAUAAUGCAGUUUUUAAAUCGCAAGAGGUUUUUUUAAGGGUUUGUCAGUGAUGAUUUAUAUUACAAAACGAGGAGUCUAUGCUAUGUCCUCAUGUAAAAAGAUUAAGUUUAUGUGGUAGUAAAUAUAUUUAGCUCAGUAUAAAAACAAUUGAAUUCAACAGAAACUCCACACAGAGAUACAAAAACAAACAUGCUUGUGCUUUUACUUUUGUGUCUAAAAUGUUUGGGUUAUUCUAUUGUCAUAUCUGGUUUAUACUGUAUCUGGUUAAUAUUUAAUUGUGAUUGAUUUAUUGCUUUGUACUGAAAGGUGGAUUUAAGGCUGAUAAAGUAUCGAGUCAUGAUUUAUAUGAAAGCAUUAUUAUAGAUAAUCCACUGAAUGCCUAUUUUGUCCUUUAUAUUGAAAGCAGUGAAAAUGUGGACAUAUGAGGUUACAAGAGAUUGUUUUGCAUUCACGUGUUUAUGCCACUUAAUCAACCUGCCAUGCAAGAACUGAUGCUUUGAAAUGCCGGUACUUAGAAAAUGGAUGUCUCCCCAAAUUCAGGAGAAACUCUGAUCGUGUGCCACAUCCAUGGCCAGUCUGUUGGGUGGCACCUAUAUAACUCUGUACAGAUAUCCAAACAGCCACGCACUUUGAAUUUAACCCACAGUAUAUCCCUGCCUGAGAGGGGAGAUCUGCCGAGGGUAGUGCUUGACUAUGGCUAUCUAAGCCACACAAGCAAGUUUAGUUCAACAGAAACAGAGGACAAAAAGGGGACUGAAAAUUCUAGAGGAUAUAAAUCGUCCCCAACUUUUCGUGUUCUGUCAAAGAACUCUCCAUUGACCAGUCCUCAACUGAAAAAAGAGCCUUUGCUUUGCAGAGGUACUCCCAGAUGGCAAAACCUCUUCAUGCCUGAAUCAGAAGUGAAUGAGGAUGAAAUGGAUGAGGACUCAGAUAGAGACAACUUACAUAAGUACCAUGAGGGGUCAUCCCUUAAUCUUCAAGGAAAUGUGACACAAAGUAAUAUGAAUCCUUUUAGCCAAGUUAAAGAAAACAAAGAACAAGAGAAGGAGCUUGAAACAGGUUGCGGGGAUCGCAGGAAUAGCAGAGCAAUCCCUGUAUUAAUGGACUGUGAUGAACAGGACUGGGGUGAUGAGGGAGACUUCAGUAACAAUACUCUUGAGGAACCUGAUAAUAGAUUCAACUGUAAAUCUAUCGAAACCAUUACUCAAAACCAAACUGACUAUAUCACUGACUCUUCCUGUAACAGCUCAGAUGGAGUUCUGGUUAACUUCAGUGCCAUCUAUCUUAAAACUAACAAUGCAGUUCCUGCAACUCCACUAAAUCUAGAUAGUCCUGUUCCUGGAUCUGGUAUAGUGCUACAGGACAGUUCAAACCCUUUUCCCAGCAUAAAAUCUCACAACAAAUACACAAACUUCAACAUAAACCCAAAAAAUGAUAGUUUCAACGCUGAUGGCUUCCCAUUAAUGGAAAUUUCUGACCUCACUAUGUGUCUGUAGAGUCAGGCACGGUUAGCAGGUUCCACCCAGAAUUACUAUAAACUAGUGACAUGUGACCUAUCAUCCCAAUCUUCACUCAGCCCACCUUGGUCCUCUUUGACUAGUUUCUCUAGAAGCUGUUCUCUAUCUUCUGAAUAUUUUCUAUUCGGACAUUCAGAGGAAGAGGAAAGGGAGAAGCCAAAGGUUGACCAAAGUGAACACAAGGUAUUUAUACCACUACCAUACCAUACCUAUACUAAUGCCAAGAUUCAUGCUGUCUGUGAAUACCCAAAUACAUUGGUAUUUGUUUAUCUAAAACUUACAUUUUUGAAUAUAGACAGAAAUCCACAUAUGACUCCGAAUAUAAAACCACGAAACCCUAAAAGCCCAGAGCAAACAGAUGGGAGUCCAAAGGCCUGCUCAAGUCAAACACAGUUAAGCCAAAAACUUUCUUGGUAUGGAAAACAAGCUUCUCAGAACUGUCCACUCGAGCAGGUUCCCGUUGCUCAGCCUCAGACCCCACCAGUAAUCAAAGAGCAAACUACAGGUCCUUUGGAUGCAUCCUUCCCUUUACAUCAAAUCUGCUCCCCUGUCUCCUCAUCAAAGGUCUGCACCAAUAAAGAACUUAACACCAACACUCAACACAUCUUUAGGUCAAGGAGGUCACCUUGUCUUAUGAGGGAACGUCAUAAUGGCUCAUUCUCCAUGACUGACAGACCCCCUGAAGAGUUCUGCCUCUCCCCAGAAGCCCCUUCAGAUCUUCUUUCAAUUGAUCUUCUGCACAAGAGAAGUAUGUUGAAAGCUGUGAAUUUGCCAGUGGAUUUCAUAAUGGCUCAUUUCAACUCAAGACGAGACCCAGAAGAAAAGAUCAGACUGGGAAAUAGUUUACUGUGCACCACUAUCAGCUACCUUGUCCUUAAACAGCUCUGCCCUGCAAUCCAGAACAUCCUUCAAGACGGACUGAAACCCUAUCAAUUAGACUUGAUUAUUGGACAACGACGCAACGAACUAUGGAACGUCAUAGAGGCCACAGCACGACCAGGCUCAUCUACACGACUGUCUGACAGCUUGGUGUCUUUAGUAAAAAAAUGUUCCCAGUUACCAAGUCGCAUGCGGCUCAGUGUCUUCAUCAUAGAUCUGCUAAACUUGCAUGCUUUGGAAUUCUGGAUCCAUCAUUUAUACACAUGCGUUGAUGUUGUGAAGGAACACUAUCACCAAUGGGGUUUCUUGGCUCUGGCCCAGGGGUCAACUUAUGGACCAUUGUUCCAAGAGCUGCUUCUUUUGCUGCAGCCACUCUCCCUGCUGCCAUUUGACCUCCAUCUUCCAUCAGAAACUCACCUUCAGAGUAAUGAAAAGCAAAAGAACAGAGCACCCCUGCCUCAACGGCUUCUUGGCCAGUCAGCUCAGAUCCUGCAGAUGAACUCAAUCCAGAAGAAAAGCAGGAGUCCAACAGGUCACAGUGGUGCCUUUAGUAAAAGGGUAACUGACAGAUUUUGGCUCAGUCAGACACCCAUCUCAGAGUGUAGAACACAGAAGAAAGAGGAUGAAGGAACCAGAAUGGAAAACAGUGAGACGUCACAAUCUUCAUCAAGUCCUCUGGAGGACAAACACUUUAGUGAGCUGCAUUGGGCCAGGCUCUUCGGCUCUAGAGUUGGAACACCAGUUGGCCCACAGAAGGCACAACAAAACAGGAGUGGACCUCUGAGAAGUAGGUUAGUAACCAUGACUUCUGAUAAAUUCACUUUGUUAACUUUGGUUGUCUUUGUGUCAGAACAUUUGUCUUCCUCCAGGCGGCCCUCGGAAUGGCUGAAGCUUGCUGCAUCCAAAGUGGAUCUGCUUGCGGAGUCAGUAUGGACAGGGAAAUUGCCAGAGGCUCAUCUGAAUGGUAACCGUGACAGCGAUACACCAAAUAAAGAUUAAAUAUUAACUCUAAAGAGGCAGCAAAGAGUCUGAUUUUAGCUGGACAGAGUAAAGCACAAUUACUCCAAAAUAAGCCAACAGACGCAUCCUGUACAAUCCAAUACAAGUGCACCAUACAGUAUCUGUUCUCGGAUGGAAUGUUGCCUUAGUGAUUUACCAAUCAGGGCAAGUUGUAUUAUAACUUGGUAUUUAAAAGGUAACAAAUUAUUCACUAACUUUAAGACAUGAUGAUGAAAUAAAGUUUUUUAGUUUAAUAAUAUAGUAUAGUGCAUGGAUGGAUAUCGCCUGCCACAAAUCAAGCACAAAACUGGAACUGAGGUCCCCAGAAGACUUUUCCAAUCAAACCCUGCACUUUAUCUCUGUCUCAGGUCAUUAGCUGUCAUGCAAAUCUAGUCAUAUAAUUUCUACUGUUGUUGAGCUAUGUGGCAUUAAAAUACUUUUCCUCAUUGUCUGUUUGAACUUAGCCUUUCCAUGCGUGAUACAGAAGCAUUAUUAUCUAUGCAUGACAAACUAAUAGUUUUCCUUUUUAGUAUUCUGUGAAUUACAACUGCUGGUUUUAUUGCAUUUUUGCAUGAUGAAAUCAAUUGAUGCAUGCUAAGUAUCUAUAUAUUACUGUUUCAACAGCAGUACUAGUUCAGUAGUGAUAUUUGUUGAUGACUACAUUUGCCCAAGCAUGACCCCUGAUGUUUUUGACACAAAGACAGACAACAGCUCAUUGAAGACGAUGGUUUGAUUAUGAGUGAGUUUUAAUGGCAGUGGUUUUUCUAUUUCCUGAUAUUAAAGUUGUGCCUAAUUGGAAACUUGUGAUAAUAAAGAUUUGUUGAAUCAUUAAUGUUUGUAUUGUGUGUUUCUGCGUAUGUGUGUGCAAGAAAAAGGUUUUUGAAAGUCUUUUGAAAAAAUAGAUUUUUCCUUUCAAAUUCCUUUCAAAAUUGCAUUUUUUUAAUUUAUUUAUUUAUUUAUUUUUUUUUACUCAGUCCAGUCUGUUUUCCCCUGUGUUCUUCUUCUGUGUACCAAUGUGACCCAAAGCAUCAUUGAUGAGCUUCCCAAAUGUAUGGCCAUAUUGAAAUCUAAUGACAUGUCAUGAUCCUCAAGAGGGGCUCAAUCAAGUGCCACCAAAUUAAAUAAAACAAUUCAUUCAUAAACCAAGAGAAAAUAAAUGUAUUUUCUACUCUAAGUCCAUUUAACCGUUUAAAGAUAAGCUCUAUCUGCGGUUGUUCUAUAUGCCAGUAUUGGUCUGUGACGAGUUUAAAUCUGCAUGGGUUUGCUGCAUUUGUCUAGUACUGCUCGACCUGGUGAAGAUAAUGUUACAAGACAAGUCAGCUAGUUAUGAUGGUGCAGCCUCUUGUGGGUAGUAGGAGAAAUGCACACAUAUACCUUACAGCCUCAAAAAGAAAUAUAGGCUAUAGCUAUAACAAUGCA